AUGAUUGAAAUUAAGAAAUAUAAAAUUUUUCUGUCUGAUUUGAAUGAUAAAGUAGAUCUGUUGUAUCAAUUAUCUCCUGACGAGGUUCAUGGACUCGUAGGGGCUGAUGUUGUAGGUAAACUGUGUACCGGAAACAUAAAACAGUUAUACUCAUGUCUAGUCUUGAUGGAAACGCGGCUUGGAUGGACACUAAUGGGUAAGACUGAUACGAUCGAAACUUCAGACAGCACGAAUAGCGUUAUGUCGCUACAUGUAAACGAUGCAAAAAUUUCAGACUUAUGGCGACUUGAUGCACUUGGAAUUUUGGACCCUGGAGAGAAUGGAAGUCGACAAGAGCUUGAGAUGGCAGCUGAAGAACAUUUUAACAGAAGUGUAAAAUUAGAUGUCGACGGAAGGUACGUUGUAAGUCUCCCGUGGAUACAAGGCCAUCCUCCUUUGCCCACUUGCAAAAAUGUGGCAGAACGAAGGCUAAAGGGCUGCGUUGAAUCACUAAAGAGGAAUGGAAACUUAGAAGCAUACGAAGAAUUGUUUAGAGAGUGGCUUCAAGAGGGCGUAAUUGAAGAAGUUAAGGAUUCCUGUAAAGAAGAAAGUGAACACUUCUUACCUCACAGGGCUGUAGUGAAAGAAAAUUCCACUAAAAGAGUCAGACCGGUUUUUGAUGGAUCGGCCAGAGAAAAGAACUCACCUUCUAUCAACGACUGCAUGGAAAAGGGUCCCAACACCGUCGAGCUCAUUCCCGCCGUCAUGAAUCGAUUUAGAUUAAAGAAAAUAGGCGUUGUUGCGAACAUUCGUAGAGCCUUCCUACAAAUUGGACUGAGUGAAAGUGAUCGACCAUAUCUAAAGUUUUUAUGGUGGGAGGGUGCUACCAAGCUGUUGGAAUCCUUUUACGUGGAUAACUGUGUUACCAGUGUGAAAAAUCCCGAAGAACUUAAGAAAUUUAUUGAGGAAUCCAAGCUGGUUCUUAGCACUGCCAAAUUCGAACUUCGAGAGUGGGAGAAUAGUUAUAAUAAUCAAGACUGUGAAGACCCUUUGCUUAAAAAUGAAAAGAAUAUUCCAGUUCUAGGGCUUCAGUGGAAUUUAAAGAAUGACUUUUUGACAGUAGAUUUACGAGAAAAUAUUGAAGACGGUACGGCUGUGACAAAGAGAAAAAUUCUGUCAACCGUACAUAAAAUCUUUGAUCCUACCACCAUUGCAAAAAAGUUCGAGAAGUGGAGACGGGAACUUUCUAAGCUGAAAGAAAUAGAAUUUCCUCGAUGUCUUAUUCCCAAUUGUGAAGUACCAAAAAGUCUAACAUUACAUUGGGGUGGGUGGUGGGAACGUCUGAUAGGUAUAAUCAAAGGAAUUCUACGAAAGGUUCUAGGUAGAAUCUCACUUAAUUUAGAAGAAAUGAACACCGUUAUUUGUGACAUUGAAGGUGUGAUUAAUCAGAGACAUUUAACCUAUAUUUCGGCAGAUGUUGAUGAUUUAACUCCUCUUAAACCACUUACCUCUAUGUCUUUGCAUGAUCUUAAAGAAACAGGAAUUCCAGAUAGCCCUGAGUGUGCUUUGGAUUCGUCGUAA